CCGACAUCCAAGAUAACCUGGGCGCGAGAGCAGGGCUCUGGGUCUGAAUCAUCCACUUCCUCCACUCUGGAUUGGAGGAUCCAGCAAACCCUCCUCUGACCCCCCACCCCAUCCCCCCUGAUCUGGAAGGAUAAAUGGGGAGGGGAGAGUGGACUGGGCAAUAGCAGCAGGGACCGGUCAAGAUGCUGAGUCUGCUGGUGCUGGCACUGCCCCUCCUGCUGAGCCUGGGCCACGCGGCCCCUGCCCCAAGCCAGGACCUGGAGAGAGUGGGCAUCGUGGGGGGGCAGGAGGCCCCUGGGAGCCAGUGGCCCUGGCAGGUGAGCCUGAGAAUGAAAGAGCAGUUCUGGAUGCACUUCUGCGGGGGCUCCCUCAUCCACCCCCAGUGGGUGCUGACCGCUGCGCACUGCCUGGGACCGGAAAAGAAAGAUCCCGCAGACCUGAGGGUGCAGCUGCGGAAACAGCACCUCUAUUACCGGGACAAGCUGCUGCCCGUCAACCGGAUCAUCGUGCACCCCAAGUACUAUGCCGUCCAGGAGGGGUUUGACAUCGCCCUGAUGGAGCUGCGGGACCCUGUGAACACCUCCUGUAACGUCCAGCUGGUCGCUCUGCCCCCUGCCUCGGAGACCUUCCCCCCGGGGACCCCCUGCUGGGUGACAGGCUGGGGUGAUGUGGACAAUGGAGUACACCUCCCACCGCCGUUCCCCCUGAAGGAGGUGGAGGUCCCCAUCGUGGAAAACAGCCUUUGUGACUCGGAAUACCACAUGGGCCUGUACACGGGGGACAACGUCCGGAUUGUCAAGGACAACGUGAUCUGUGCCGGGAACGAGAAGAGUGACGCCUGCCAGGGCGACUCUGGAGGGCCCUUGGUCUGCAAGGUCAACGGCACCUGGCUGCAGGCGGGUGUGGUCAGCUGGGGUGAUGGCUGUGCCCAGCCCCAGAGGCCCGGCAUCUACACCCGCGUCACCUACUACCUGGACUGGAUCCACCAGUACGUCCCCAAGGAGCCCUGAGCCCGUCCCUCGGGCUGCCACCCAGCCCCCUCCUGUCCCCGACCACUGCUUCCUGCCCAAGUGUCUGCCCUUUCCACCUCCCCUGCCCCCUGCACUGAGCUCCCCCAGCCCAGGGAGUGGGUGGUGGGCACUGCCCCUCA